GGCGCUUGCGGAAGUCGGAUAGCGCGACGAGGCCGACCGUGUGCGUGGAGAGUCGUUCAUUAGUCGUCUUGUUCUGCGGUGUGAACCGCGAUGAGUUCUUGUCGGACAUCGUCUGGGCGGCUGCGCCAGGCUGGAUGCUACCUGGGUGACCAUCAUGACCGGCGUCUCGUCCAUGCCGGUAGCUCCCUCAUACCGUAAGAAACGCUCUAGACCAAUCGCGAACUACGUCAACGCGAUACCAAGCUCGGAACAAGUGCCAGCCGCGCCAUUCAAUCCGUCAUUGUCGUACUUGAAUCCAUCUGUUGAACCACCACCGACGAGAUCUACAAGUCUCUCCACAGUAAUGCCAUGGAAGGACCAUCUAAACCAGGGCUGGGCAUGCCGUGUCCGAGCCCUGAGAUCCCGAGUGUUCGCCCACAUCCCACAAGACCCUGCGGAUCUCCAAAGCCCGGAUUCCAGUUGUAGCAUUGACCUUUGUGCCGCGUCCGAUAGGUCACACACCCUGCCCUGGGGACUAAAAACCUCACCUCUCUCACAUGCUCUUACGCAAGGCUGGGGAGCAAGUGGCGGCGGGUAUGGAUCAUGUUUGCGGAGCCGCACUGAGCACAAAGGGUGUGGCACGCCGGGUUUGUCUUUUUCCUCAGGUCCCCCUUAGCUCGGUUGCCCACACGCCAUUUUGCUUCUGCGAGGGAGAUGCUGAGGGAGGGAGGCAUGGCGGCUGAACUGGCCGCAAAGCCAUCAACAACUGCUGGAUCAUGAGGUACGUAGUGCUUGGCAGAGGGAGGAA